CCCAUCACCCUGAAACCUUUUUUAUUUUACUACUCGAGCGACCUAUUUACUGCCGUCACAAAGCGGGCCCUGUGAGCACUCGUUAUUUUUGGAAACGUAACGUGUAGAUAUAUGCUCACCUACCACCAUGACUUUAGCUAAUGAAUAUAAAGAGGAAAAACGAAAAGACGAUCAGCCCACCCCCAAAGUUCUCAAUGGAUUUGUGGGGAUAGCCAAUCUUCCUAACCAAGUCCACCGCACGGUGCUUAGAGAAGGAUUUCAAUUUACCAUUCUGGUUGUAGGAGAAAGCGGUGUUGGUAAAUCCACUUUACUCAAUGCUCUUUUUCUAACGGAUUUAUACAUUCGAGGGGAAUACCCUUCGCCAGGCUCCGAAGGCCGUAUUGUUGAAACGACUAAAAUAUUGUCAACCACCGUUUCUCUUCAAGAAAAGGGCGUUCGCCUUGAUCUAACUUUAGUGGAUACACCUGGAUUUGGAGAUGCCGUGGACAAUACUUUAAGCAUUGCACCUGUGGUGGAGUAUGUGAAGAAGAACUUUGAAAUUUAUUUAGACAUGGAGUCUCGCGUUCGUCGUUGCGCCUUUCCAGACACACGCGCUCAUGCUUGUUUGUAUAUUAUUCCGCCGACCUGCCACGGUUUAAGAGCUAUAGACGUUAAAUUUAUGAAAGCGUUAAGUGAUUACGUUAAUAUCAUUCCCAUCAUCGGGAAAUCAGAUUCUCUUAAUAAAUUUGAGAUGUUUAAUUUCAAGCGAAAAGUUCGCGCCGAUAUAUUAAAGCAUCAACUCACAAUUUUUACGUUCGACCGUCCUAGAGAAGAUCUGGUCAAAGAAGAUUUUAUCAUUCCCUUUGCCGUUACCGCCUCGACCAAAAUGAUCGACGUGAAUGGAGAAAAAGUGCUGGGGAGGGCCUACCCAUGGGGCUCCAUGGGCAUCAACGAUGCGAACUACAGCGAUUUUGUUUUACUUCGGCAAUUUUUACUUCGAACGCAUCUUCAAUCUCUUCGGGAUCACACUCACGAAGUUUUAUAUGAAAAAUUUCGCACAAACUAUUUUUCUUCUCUACGGAAGGCCGGAGUUACUGGAAAUAAUUUAAUGGAAGUCUUCCGAGAGGAAAUGAAGCUCCAUGAUCGCGAACUUGCGCAACUUCGAGAAAAGUUGCGUAGCUUGUUUGAGGAGAAAGUGGCUGAAAAGGAAGCUCAGUUGGAAUUGGAAUCUUUAAAGUUAAAAGAAGAAGUUUGUCGCCACGAAAAGCUCAUCAACGAGUGCAAGCUAAAAGUGGAACAACUGCAGAAGACCCUGGAACAGGAAAAAAGUCAGUUGAUGUCCACUGGAAAGAUGAAGAAGAAAGAAAAACAGUAAAGACUCAAGCCCUCUGCUCACUUUUGUAGUCAGAGCUGAACUAUACGAAACUUUUGUAAAAAGCUGUCCAGCAAAUAAACUUUAUAUACAAUAAAAUCAAUUUUAGAAGCUUCUUAGCUCAAAGUU